UCUGCUUGCAAUUUCUACGACACCCAAUUCCCCAAAUGGUCAGACCCUCAUCUCUAAAAGGCCCCAACAACUUCCUCAGAAAGCACAGGAAGUGGCCACUCUCACCCUACAAGACCAAAUGGCACCAAACCUUCAAUCAACAGCAAGCCAUGCAAACCUUAAAACAAGCAGCAGCAGCGACAACAACUGUAUUGGCAGCAGCACAAGAAAACCCCAUCAAACACCAACAACCCCAUCUCCUCUCCACUCUCGUACACUCCUUCAACACCUACAACUGUGACCCAACGCCCAGUGCCUACCACUAUGUCCUUAAAACCCUGGCCAGAACCUCCCAGUUCCACCACAUUCCUCUCGUUCUCGACCGCCUCGAACGCGUUGAAAAGUUCCAGACGCCCGAGUACGUUUUCACUGAACUUAUAAAGAUUUACAGCAAUGCUGAUAAGCUUCAAGAGGCUGUAGAUUUGUUUUAUGGGAUUGACAGGUUUAGGUGUGUGCCUUCUGUGUACUCACUCAACUCGUUGCUCUCAGUUCUUUGUAGGAAAAGCGAAGGUCUUAGAAUGGUUCCUCAGGUUUUGCUAAAGAGUCAGUUCAUGAAUAUCCGGGUCGAGGAAUCAACAUUUCGGAUAUUAGUCAGUGUUCUGUGUAGAGUUAGAAGGGUUGGAUAUGCUAUUGAGAUUCUGAAUUGUAUGAUAAAUGAUGGGUAUGAGCUUAAUGUGAGGAUUUGCUCUUUGAUAUUGUCAUCUUUGUGUGAACAAAGAGAUUUGUCUAGAGUUGAGGUUAUGGGUUUUGUGGAAAGAAUGAGGAAACUGGGUUUUUGUCCUGGAAUGUUGGAUUAUUCUAAUGUGAUUAGGUUUUUGGUCAGGGGAGGGAAGGGUUUGGAUGCUUUGGAGGUUUUAAAUCGGAUGAAAGUAGAUGGGAUUAAGCCCGACAUUUUUUGUUAUACUAUGGUUUUAAAUGGGGUUAUCCUAGAAGGGGAUUAUGGGAAGGCGGAUGAGCUGUUCGAUGAAUUGCUUGUAUUGGGUUUGGUUCCUGAUGUUUAUACUUAUAAUGUAUAUAUAUUUGGUAUGUGUAAGCAGAAUAAUGUGGAAGCUGGAAUUAAGAUGAUUGCUUCAAUGGAGGAGUUGGGGUGCAAACCCAAUGUGAUUACUUAUAAUACAAUAAUGGAUGCGUUGUGUAAGGUUGGGAAGUUGAGUAGGAUGAGGGAGCUAGUGAAAGAGAUGGGAUGGAAGGGUGUUGAGUUCAACUCGCGGACAUAUAGGAUUAUGCUGGAAGGUUUUGUUGGUAAAGGUGAAAUUAUUGAAGCUUGUGCUUUGUCCGAGGAAAUGCUGGAGAAGUGUUUCUGUCCUCGAUGUGCGGCAUUUGAUGAGAUAAUAUUUGGGUUGUGCCAAAAAGGCUUGGUUUGUAAAGCAGUGGAAUUGAUUAAGAAAAUGAUUGGCAAGAAUGUAGUUCCCGGGCCUAUGGCCUGGGAAGCACUGCUCCUUAGCGCCGGAUCUAAACUUAGCUUUUCAGAGACCAUCUUGACUGGUUUGGUGAAUGGUGAGCCUAAUGUAAACUCACCCAUUUAGGCUGCUAGAACAGUAAACUUGAUUUGAAAACCUAGUGAAUUGUUAUGUCUCUCAUCGAUGUUCGGAGCGCUGUUACUUAGAGUCAGUGUUGAAGAGUUUAACUACAAGUUGCUGCUUCCAUGUGUUUGCUAUGGGCUUCAGUUUGAGUAACAGUGAAAAUACGCCUCUGUAGUGCAAGCACGGAAAAGGAUAUAUAUAUAUUAUUUUUCUCAAGAGAAGCAAUUUAUCCUGGCUCAACUCUCUGUUACUUUGCCUGUCAAUUGUGCUUCUCUCCAUUCAAGCAUGAUCAGCAUAACAUGGUAUGUUCCUCUUUACAAGCCUAGCUAGUUGACAUAGCGGAAAAGCGUAAGAAACAAAACACAAUCAAAAGCUUUGAAGUCUUCUGAUUAAAGGGAACCAAAGAACACAAACUUGAUCAGUGAAAUAGCUUCUCAACUUUUCAAUGCCUCAACAUUACACAGGAUGAAACUUAAAUAAUACAAUUGUAGAAUUCUAAAAAGCAAAAUCAAACACCUAAUUGGAAAUUGGCUAUGAAAGGUAACAAUAAACUAAAUUUAGAAGGCAGAAAUUGAGAUUGAAGCAUUUUAGGAUAACGAUUUCAGUGUUUUAGAGUGGAUUCUGUCAAGAU